UCCUAGUAAGAAAAUUUUGAUUUGUACAAAAUUUUUUCCCGAAACGAAAAAUAAUUCGAAAUGAUUCGUGGCGCUUGUAAACUUCUGGCCCUCACCGCCGUCUCGUCUGUCCUGGGGUAUUGCGUUUACUUCGACAACAAACGCCGCAGCGAUCCCGACUACAAGAAGAAGGUGCGCGCCCGUCGUCUCAAGGCGAAGCUAGCCAAGGAUCAGGAUCGUCAGCAGGAGGCGGUUGCCCAGGAGGGAUCGAUGCCACAGCUGCAGCACACCCAGGCCCAGGCCCUGCGCGGCAUGGUCAAGACCAACACCGAGCAAUACUUUCUGGAGCAAGUCCUUCUGGGCGAGAACCGUAUAAUGAGCGGCGACAUUGACGGUGGCAUCGUGCACAUGAUCAACGCCACCAGCGUCUGUACGCGCCAGGAGGCAUUCCUGCAGAUGUUGCAGGGCACCCUGCCACCGGACAUCUUCCAAGUGUUUCUGGUCCGGCUGCAACACGCGGAGCCGACACGCAGCAUAACAACAAACGGCAUCCUGCCCAACGCGAUGUCCCCCAGCAGUGGAGGAAUAAACCGCCUCUAAAUCGGCAUCUGCAACGACCUCUACACACACAAAAACAAUGCAACACCAAAGACCAACAAAAUUCUGGUUCCUGUUUCCAAUUUAACAUCGAUUUAACUGUGAUUUUUUUUAAAUUAAUUUUUUUGGUAACAGACAACAGUCUCUUGGAAGUGAAUGUAAAUCGAAUUAGUAAAUGGCAUUAAAUAUAUGCGGGAAUCUGUAACAACAAUUCCUUCCACAGAGCAAA